AUGAAGUUUUAACAUUUUUGGCUUUUAAUAGCUAUCUUAAAAGAAUGUUUAUGUAAUAUUACAAUUUCUUAAACUCAGAAAUUUAACUACCCUUUGGAAAUUCGAAAUUCUAAUACAAUAUUUUUGAGAGAUUAUACUUUAGAGAUAGUUGAAGCCCCAUUUUACUCAUUAUUAAGUUCAAGCGAAUUCAACCUAAAAAUUGAUUAAGCAAUCUCUCAAAUUCGUAAAAUGAGUUCAAGUACUAUUAACGAUUCAUCUAUACGAAUUGGGAGUAAUUAUGUUGCUCUUUUCGGAGAUAAUUCAAAUAAUUUUUGGGUUUUAACUUAUGAUGAAAAGCUUUACUAGGGACUUGUAAAAAGUAAUGGAGAAAUACAAAUGACUUUUUUAGAUAUCACGAUUUAAAAAUGUAAUAUAUAUUUUUGUAUAGUUUGUAGAUUUUUUCUAAAUUAAUUUAAUCACAAAUGAGUUUGGAAUGCUUAGUAGCUUUUAGGAAGGUGAGCUUUUCUUCUCAUUGUUAAAUUCCACAAGCCUUGAAUGCACAGAUAUUGUCUUAAAUUAUCCAAUAAAAUCCGAAAUAUAUAAUCCUAUUGUUUAGAUCUUAACAGUAAACCCUGAAAAUUUUACUUUUUGUUUGACAUAUACAACAGAAAAGGAUGCUCAUAUAGUUUACUUUACUUAUAACUAAAAUGAUAUAGAAUUAUUAUCUGAGUAAAUAUUUUAAGGCAACUAUUAAAAUGCUGUCUUAUCUAGUAAUUCCAAUUUCCUUUUUCUAAUAAGCAAAGAGCGUGUAGAUUUGGUCGAUUUAAAUAAUAAUACAGGCAUUCAAGAAAUUAUAAAUAUAAAUAUUUAAAGUCAAGAUGAUCUCUAAGCGAUUUCAUAUUUUACAAAUUACCAAAUAAGCAAUAACUUGUUUCACAUUGUAUUUCUACAAUAAUAAAAACUUACAUCCUUUUUUAUUGAUGUUAACUACAUAAACCAAUAAGUCUAAUCAAUUUCAUAUUUUAUAAAUGAGUAUACUUAAAUUAUUAAUUUGAAAUUAACUCUGGAUAAUAUUUUCAUUAUUACUGACUCCUUCAUAAUAGGCUUGCAGUUAAAAGACUCCAUUAAGGCUACAUGUUACUAAUAGCUGAAUGAAGGGACAUUUGCAUUUUUUUACUUAUUGAGGAAUAUUAUAGUUGUCUAAGACUCAGUUGAUAAUUAAAUCGUAAUUUCUACUUAUUUAAUUAAUGACCCUUAGAUAUUUAUUUCCUAAAAAUUAACAUAAUAAAUAGAUGCAUUGGUUAUGCCUGUAAAACUGGAUAUAUUGGUAGUUUCUCAGGUAAAUUAAAAACUAAUUCAAUAUGCUUUUUAAAUCUAAUUGAUAUAAUUAGAUGUCAUAGAAAAUUAAAUGCCUAUCUAAUUUCAUCAAUAUAUUGACGAAAUGGUACUCAAAUUUCCAGAAGUAAUGAUUAAAGAUAGGAGCUAAACAUUUUUAGGUCCAAAUUUAACAUUAUCUAUUUUGUCGAACAAUUCUGAUUAUCUUUUGGCAAGUGUUGAAGGAACUAUGUUUGGAGAAUAUAACAUAUAUACCGCAAUUUAUUCAAUAGCAUGUUCAUUUUCAAGUUAGGAAUAACUUUAUUGUACAUAAUAUAAGAAUGAUACAAUAAUUCUUACGAUUGAUAACGCAGCUAUUUCGUUAGCAAAGUACCCUAUUAGAGCUACAGAAAAGUUGGUGAAAUGUUCUUGUAUGAAAACUGUAUCAAAUUUGAAUGUUCUUAUGCAAUUUGAUUAAUCUAUAAUUAUACAAUAGUUUAACUAUUCACUACACCCAAAAGAAUUGUUGACCAUUCCGUUUUUAAUUAAGGUUGUUGAUGCUGCUAUUUUAAAAGAUGUGUUGUUUACAACUACUAUAGAUGGUAUACUAACAGCCACAGAUAUUUCAGAAUAAUAAGUAUUAUUUACGAUUCCAAAUAACAAUUUCAAUGAGAUUUAUGUAAAUUCAAUUGAUUUCCCUCAUUUUUUAUUUGUUAAUAAUGUAGUUGAACUAACAAUUAUAGCUUACAAUGGAAAAUAGUCUUAUGAAUUCAUUAAUUACAUCCCAUACCCAAUUUAAAAUUACACCAGUAAUGCAAUUGGUAUUUUAAAUAAUGGAAUCUACCUUGCCUUUAGUAAUGACGAUAAGAGUUUCAUCUAUUUCUAUUAAAAAAUAAAUAUAUGGCUUUAAACGAAUAAUCAAAAUUAUUUUGAUGUCUACAUUGAACAAUUUAAAAUAUAAAAAAAUCCUAAAAUCCUGAGUACAUACACUACAAAUAACUUCUACUUGAUAUUUUAGAAAGGCUAAUAUACCUAAUUAGCUUAAUUUUCUGGAACUGGAACAUCCUAUACAGCAUUGAGGACUUCUAAACAAAUAAGGGUACCUAAUCUGCACUUCACCUAAAUGAGCGCUAUAUUUUAGUAAGAAAGAAAUUAUGAAGUUCAAAUAGUAUAUUUAUUCACAAAUUCAGCAUAAUCAUAUAAUCAUCCAUAUUUAUCAUAUGAUUUUAUGUUAACAACUCGUUAUAAUGAAGCUGAUUAUAUUGGACAAUGUGAUUUAAAAUAUAAGGCUCAUAAUUAAAAUUUCACUUCAUACUACCAUCAGAAGGUUUCAAUAAUUUAUGAAAACUAUUUAUUAUUACCUAAAAAUUCCAAUAAUAAGUAGGCUUACUUCAUUUAAGAUUAAGGGAAUGUAAAUAUAAAUCCCAGAACCCUUUUUUAUGGAAACAUUUAAAAUUAUAAAGUUGAUUGUGAUGUAUGUAAUUCUAUUAAAAUUACUUAACCAAUCGAUUUUAGUAAUUCUUAUUCUCUUAACAUUUCUGUCGAAAAUGUCUUGAAUUAGGAUGGUUUAAUUUAUUUAACAGAUGAUUAAUACAGUUUAUAUCUAUUUUAUCCUGAAACCAACGAAUUAACUAUGAUAUACGAUUUUUCAUAACACGUCUAGAUAUAUUGCUCAGCCCUUUUUAUUGAGAUGAUAACUUCAUUUCCCGUGCAAAUUUGUAGUUAGAGUUCAAUAAUUACUAUAUAUGCUUAUAACACAACUUCAAAUUAAUUGAUAUCGCAUAUUUUGAAUGAAGUGUGUUGCUAUGCAGAGUCAAGUUAUAAAAAUGGCAUCCUAACAAUAUUUAAUUUUGGAAGCUUCCAAGGCUUCGAUUUCUUUGCAUUUUAUUUUUGGAUUUCGGAGAACAAAAUUCAUCUUAAUUAAGCUUUCAAAGAGGCAGGAGUAUGCCAUUAUUGCUUUGCAAACCCUCUUUACUUGAGCAUGUCUGAAAACUUUACUACUCAACCUUGCUAAAUAUUUGGACUUAUAACAACAUAAAGUAAUGGUUAAGGCGAUAAUGAAAUUUUUCUAUUAAAAAAUUGCAUCCCUUCAUCAAUAAGUGAAAAUUUUGGGUUUGCGCCCAACGACACUACUCCAUCUGGGAAUAUUUAUUUUUAACAAUCUACUUGGCGUUUAGUUGAAUCAGAUGCUGUGAGGUAUUCAUUUUACUAUAUUACUAAUUAAUUUGGAUCCUCCUCACAGUAAAUUUCUGACAACAUACUUAAAGCAGAGUUUUUGGUAACAUAUUUCUACGUUGUUGAAUUGUAUUCUCUUUUAUUUAAUGAAGAGACUGGAACACUACUUAGUUUUGUCUUAGAUCAAAGUUUCUUCUUAGAUUAUAACAAAACUGUAUCAAUAUAUUCAGUAAGAUAGGGAUCAAAUGGAUUAUUAAUGAUCGAAAGCUUUUAAGAAGAUGAAAUAUUUACUCCUUAAAUUUACACGUAUGAUAAAUAAAAAUUAGAAUUGAAAUAAAAUAACAAACAAAUAAACCGAAUGAUAGGAUUCGAAAUUAUAAAUGCUAAACCUUCCAAAAAGUAAUCUAAAUUAUCUGGCAAUUAUUAUGCCUUUAAAAUGAAAAAUACUUCAUAAUUAUAUUAUGUUUAAAAUUAUCUAACCCUCUCUAUUGAUUUAAUUGGCAUUUAAAAUGCAUCCAUUGAAAUCACAGGUUAGAACAUAUAAAAUUCAGUCACACAAUCUAUAUUUAUUUAGAAUCUAAAUUAUAAUAAUCAUAAUAAUGAUACAAAUAUAAAUAAUAAUACAAAUGAUACACCUGAUACACCUGAUGAUCAAAAUUCAACAAACUCAGACAAGGACAAAACUUCGCAACAUAUAACAAUAAUUAUACUUUAUUGCUUUAUGAUUGUUUUUUUAUUUAUUGUUUUACUUGCGCCUAGAUGUUGCUUUAAAUUAAAUAGAGUCUAAAAGAACACAUCUUUUAAUUUUGAACUAACCCAAAAGUGA